AUGAAACUCUGCACCACGUUGAAAAACACUGCUUUCGAUAUUGUGCGGAAUGUUUACAUUAGCUACUUAAUUGGCGACUACGACCUCGACUUCCAUAAACUCAACAGUGACAAUGCUGUUGCUGACUUCUCUAACCUACUAUCAUUAUACAACUUCUUACCACUCAUAACCUCCUCUACUCGCAUCUCAACUUCUUCUCGCUCACUCAUCGACAAUAUCUUUACUAUCAAUCUAACUCAUCACUUAUCUGGAAUAAUACUAUCUGACAUAUCUGACCAUUUUCCUAUAUUCGCCAUCGCUUCCAAAUCUGAAAACUCAAACCAUGCCCCUGUUAAGAACCUGAGAGACCUAACUGAAGUAUCCAUAAACAACAUCAACAACUUCUUAUCUAACCAAAACUGGAACUCCUUGACAUCUCUGAAUAAUAUCAACGACUGCUGCUCUGCUUCAAAUACUAUCUUAACUCACUCUUCUGACACUUUUAUCCCCUCCUUCCAACCAAAAACAGAAAAAAAUGCUGGGUUAACGAUAACAUUCUUAACUUAG